GAAAUCUGUGCCAGCCCCUCAGCCUGGAGCCCUGGGAGAAGUCCAGGGCUUGACUAAAAGGGUUUCUAAUCAUCAUGGAAUAUUGCUCUUUGGUUUUCUAGGCUCUUGAAUGGGCUGGAGCCAAAAAGGAAGCUGCCAGGGGCUGGCUUGGUAGGAGGGUGAAUGUCCAGCUGGUGUAGUGCAGGGAAAAGUGUCUCAGGAGCAGGGCGAGUGGGGUUCUGGAGUCUCAGGGACUACCUGGGAACUGGACUGUCAUGGAAGGCUCUUCACUUCUCAGGGGGUACAUGUCAAGUAUAGGUGUGUGAGCGCAACUUCCAGCACACUUUGUGCACUGUCUCUGUCUUUACAAGAGAAGAAAAUCCCUCUUCCUUGGUAUGUAAAAAAAGCCUGUUGUCUGCACCCAGACUUCUUCAUAGUAUGUGUAACCUAAGGAUAUGUCUGGCUGAUUCUAGAAAAAUCUGAGUCUCUGUGCAGACAGGGGUGCUGUCCACUGUCCAGUUUUUCCAAGAGUUCAGACUCCCUACGACAACUUCCUAGACCAACAUAAGGAGCAAAGGGGCAAAGGGCUCCUUUAGUAUUAAGCUCCUUCUCAGUAAAGAAGACCCUUCCUCCAUGCGGGGGCGGGGGGGGGGGCUCAUCUCAAUUGUGACUUAAUUACCUCCCUGAAAGAAGCCCGAGGCUGUACCAGCUAUCACCCGAGAGCCCCUUGCUCCCAGGCCCGAGAGCCAUUCCCUUUAGGCUGCCUGGAACGGUUUUCCUUUCUCGCUCCCCACACCAAGUUAGUGCGUGUUCGUGGGGCUGUGAGGCCAAAGGAAACCCAGGAGCGCCAUCUGCAGGUCUCGAGAGGAAGAGACUGACCUUCGGGGCUGGACCCUGGGUCUUUCAUCUCGCGCCCGAGGGAACCAGCUGGGCCGCCCAAGGGAAGUGGGGCUGAGGGCUGGGAAGGAGGGUGCAGGCGGGGAGCGGACUUUUCCUUCCAGAAGUUACUCCGCAAGUGGAUUAAACGAACUGGGCUCCGGAGGAUCCAGGAAGGAGAGGAAAUGCCAGGAUCCCAGCAGAUUGACCUCCUAAAGAGUGGGGAGCUUGAAAGCCUGUCGGUCUGGACCUGGCCCGAACCGGCGCGAGGAUGAAGGGAGCUCUGAAAACCCCCGUGCAAGAGGCCCUAUAGGAGUUUCCUCCUACCUGAGUCGGAGCGGGGGGGUGGGGGGGACCGCCGCCUUCGGCCCCGGACCUAGCUGCAGCCUAGGUUUCCGGACAGAGGGACAGCGGCGCGAGUCCGCGGCUCUUCUGCAGGCGCCAGGGUCAGCAGGCAGGGCCAGAGUUGCCUCGAGUACCGGCUGCAAGAGCGCAUCGCGGGCUUUCCUAAGCCGCCCUUUCGCAGACCCAGGAAGGUGGGGGGUGCGGAGGGAGCGAAGGAGGGAGAGAGUUAAAACAUCAGCUGAAGUGCCAAGAUGAUUUAUGAGAGGAGGGAAAAUAUUUCAUAAAGAUCUCCCGGAUAUUCUGUACUUAACCAGUUAGGAGACAAAGGGCUUCUCCUGCCUGGUGCGUGCGAGAGCUAACCUGAGCGAGCGAGCGAGGGAGCGAGUGCGGACGAGGGCUGCGGCGGCUGGGCCGGCGGCGCCGGCAGGAGCGGGGCCGGGUCGAGCGCGCAGCGCCUCCUGCGCUGGCUCUGGAUCCGGCGAGCUGGCAGCGGGCGGCGCUCAGCCUCGUUCGCAGCCACUUCUCCCCAGCCGGGGAGAGCGAAGCGAGCCUCGGUCUCCCGCCUCCGCUGCCGCCAGCAACCGGUCGUUCUGCACUGUCUCCCCAAGUCCCCUCCCCGGUCACCCGAGGGUCCAGGAGCCAAGUCCCCGGGUUCUCGCACCGUCCGUUGGGUCCCACUGAGGCAGGUGGGUCCCCCCCGGAGGUCUCCAGCUCGAUUCUACACCGAGCGUUUUGCACUGUCCAGACCCCUUUAGGCAAGGGGACGAGGGAAGCCUUGCACGCAGCCGCGCGUGGACGGGAGAGGACAAAUUGCCGGACACUUUGCCCCGGAAUGAGAAUUGGGGGUGUGUGGGUGGGGAGGUACCUCAGGAGGGACAGGCGAAAGGGAAGGACCAGAGAGAGGAAGGAAGAACCAGGAGGAACGGAAGGGAACUCAGCUGAGAGUAGCGGGGGGAAACAGGACUAGGGAUGCGGACCGAGCUGGGGUCUCCGUGGCUCAUGCGGGCACUGGACGGUGGAUGGCAGGGCUGGUCCUGAAGUUGAGUUUGAGAGGCGACACGGCGGCGGCGGCCGCGCUGCUCCCGCUCCUCUGCCUCCCCAUGGAUAUGCACUGCAAAGCAGACCCCUUCUCCGCGAUGCACCCAGGGCACGGGGGUGUGAACCAGCUCGGGGGGGUGUUUGUGAACGGCAGGCCCCUGCCCGACGUGGUGAGGCAGCGCAUCGUGGAGCUGGCCCACCAGGGUGUGCGGCCCUGCGACAUCUCCCGGCAGCUGCGGGUCAGCCACGGCUGUGUCAGCAAAAUCCUGGGCAGGUACUACGAGACUGGCAGCAUCAAACCUGGAGUGAUCGGCGGCUCCAAGCCGAAAGUGGCAACACCCAAAGUUGUGGACAAGAUUGCUGAAUACAAGCGACAGAACCCAACUAUGUUUGCCUGGGAGAUCCGGGACCGGCUUCUGGCGGAGGGCAUCUGUGACAACGACACAGUGCCCAGCGUCUCUUCCAUCAACAGGAUCAUCCGGACCAAAGUUCAGCAGCCUUUCCACCCCACGCCGGAUGGGGCCGGGACUGGAGUGACUGCCCCUGGCCACACCAUUGUUCCCAGCACGGCCUCCCCUCCUGUUUCCAGCGCCUCCAAUGAUCCAGUGGGAUCCUACUCCAUCAAUGGGAUCCUGGGGAUCCCUCGCUCCAACGGCGAGAAGAGGAAACGUGAUGAAGUCGAGGUAUACACUGAUCCUGCCCACAUUAGAGGAGGUGGAGGUUUGCAUCUGGUCUGGACUUUAAGAGAUGUGUCCGAGGGCUCAGUCCCCAAUGGAGACUCCCAGAGUGGCGUGGACAGCUUGCGGAAGCACUUGCGGGCUGACACCUUCACCCAGCAGCAGCUGGAAGCUUUGGAUCGGGUCUUUGAGCGUCCUUCCUACCCUGACGUCUUCCAGGCAUCAGAGCACAUCAAAUCAGAGCAGGGGAAUGAGUACUCCCUCCCAGCCCUGACCCCUGGGCUUGAUGAAGUCAAGUCGAGUCUAUCUGCAUCCACCAACCCUGAGCUGGGCAGCAACGUGUCAGGCACGCAGACAUACCCUGUUGUGACCGGUCGUGACAUGGCGAGCACCACUCUGCCUGGUUACCCCCCUCACGUGCCCCCCACUGGCCAGGGAAGCUACCCCACCUCUACCCUGGCAGGAAUGGUGCCUGGGAGCGAGUUCUCCGGCAACCCGUACAGCCACCCCCAGUACACGGCCUACAACGAGGCUUGGAGAUUCAGCAACCCCGCCUUGCUAAUGCCGCCCCCCGGGGCUCCGCCCCUGCCGCUGCUGCCGCUGCCUAUGACCGCCACUAGUUACCGCGGGGACCACAUCAAGCUUCAGGCCGACAGCUUCGGCCUCCACAUCGUCCCUGUCUGACCGCCCGCCCCGGAGGGAGGGAGGAUCGACGCGACCCGAAGCCUCCCGGUCACCGCCCCAGACCCAACCCCCCUUCCAGAACCCCUCCAGCCCUUCACUUCACCCCGUCCAAGGCGGGACAGGACGAGUGAAGCCGCGGGCGGGACCCUCAGGCCCGGGCCCGCCGCCCCCUCCCGCCUGCUGGACUGCGCCGCGUCGCGAGGAGGGCCCGACCCAGUUUGUCCCUGCCUCGCCCGAGCUGGCCACGGAGCCCACCAGCCGCACCGCCGGACUCUGGCCGGGCCCGCAGCUGCGCGCGGGGGACACGCUUCUGUGACACACAAUCAGCGCGGACUGCAGCCUGGCCCAGCCCCGGAGCAGCCCGCCUUGGACGCUCCGGUGAGCGCCAGGAGGCUUCGCUGGAGGGACUGGGCAAAGGAAAGGAAGAACAAAACGAUUUUCUGCAGGAGGAGGAAGAGCCUCCUGCGGAGACCUCGGGAAAAUGUCCGAAUCCCGGCUUCAGCCAGAUAGCCCCCACCUUCUGAGUGUGCCCUGCCCGGAAGGUGGAAUGGAAUGGGGGCGUGGGGGCCGGGCUUCAGGGAUGCGCUUUGGGGAUCGUCAGGCGUUUCCAAGGUUGGGACCCAAGGCACACAGGCCCCAGCAGCCCGCACCCACCGAGUCCGACCCUUGGCUCUUCCCAACUCCACCUGAACUGCCCAGUUCCCAAGGGCCCAGGCAGCUCCUACUAGUGACCAGACUCUCAGCCUUGCCCCUACCUCGGCGUCUCUUCCUUCUACCCAUCUCGCAGCUCCCCCUCCUACCCUUCAUUUUCCGAUCCCACGUCGCUCUUCAUCUCUCCUCCCUAACUCGCCGCCCUCCCCUGAGGCUGCCCCCGUGCCUGCCUCAGGACCAGUUUCUGCAGGCCGCGGCACUGGUCACCCCAAGCAGUUAUCCGAUGACCCCUGGCCCCCGCCCCGACACAGACUCAAUCUGCCGGUGGUAGGAGCAGGAUGUGAGCUGGCGUCUGAGCUGCGCGGAGUGGAAGGUGGGGGGCUGCCCACUCCACCCACCUCCAUCCUCUUCCUCUGGCAGGAACUGAACAGAACCGCAAAAAGUCAAGUCUACAUUUAUUUAAUAUGAUGGUCUUUGCAAAAAGGAAAACAAAAACACCCAACAGGCUGCUGCUUUGUAGAAAGACGGUGCGUGUCUUGUGAAGGCGAACCCACGUGUAUAUAACCCCGCCCCUCCCGCCCCGCCCCUCCCGGUAGAGUCCCAGGUGCCCGCCCGCCUUGCCUGUAGAUAACGCCCCGCUGUCUGUGCUCUGAGAGUCGCCGCUCGCUGGGGGGGGAGGGGGGAACACAGCUACACGCCCACUAAAGCACAGCACGCCCUGGGGGAGGGGGGGGCUUUUUUUAUGUUACAAAAAAUGACGAAAGAAAAGAAAUCUCUAUGCAAAAUGACGAACAUGGUCCUGUGGACUCCUCUCGCCUCUGUUUUGUUGGCUAUUUCUCUGUAAUUCCGUGUUUUCGCUCUCUCCUCAUCUCUCCUCUGCAUCGCUCCCCUUUCCGGCUCUCGUCUCUGCUUCUCUCCGCCUCUGUCUCGGUCUCUCUGAGUCUUCGUCUCUCUCGUCUCUCUGUCUCUGUCCUUCCCUAGGCCUCUCCCCAGCCCUGCCCCGGCUGCCUUGCCCCUUGAGGCUAGAUCAGAGGUGGCGGCUCCAGCCCCUAGGUUCGCCCCUCGCGCCCGUGCCCUGUGGGCUGUGGGCCGCCGGCGGCCGGGCCGCCCCGCCCCGUAGUUGCUCUCUCGGUAGCGGCGAUGCGCCCUGCAUGUCUCCUCACCCGUGGAUCGUGACGACUCGAAAUAACAGAAACAAAGUCAAUAAAAGUGAAAAAUAAAUAAAAAAUCCUUGAACAAAUCCGUAAAGGCUUGGAGUCCUCGCCCAGAUCUCUCUCUCUCCUUCGAGCCUUUUUAUUUGAAAAGGAAAACGAGAAAAGAGAAUAGUUAAGGGAACUGCCGGUGCCCAGCCAGGCUCCAGUGGCCCAAGCAGGGCGGCGAGGGAGCCGAGGUUCAAACGCCGAGGCCCGGCCCAUUCUAGUCCCUGUAGGGCUGGCGCGAUAGGGGCCCAAACCCAGGACCCAGCCGAACCCUCGAAAGAUCCCCGGAUGGCUCUGGUCUCCUUGGCCACCUUCAGCGCGUCGGUUCGUUUUGAUUCUUUUUCUUUUCUGUGCACAUGACAAAUAAAUAAUAAUAAUAAAUAAUAAUAAAUAAUAAUAAAAUUUUGUAUGUC